UUUGCUGUAUCUUUGACUCAGACUCUGGUUCUCCCCGAGGGUUCUGGAUGCAGGUGGCCAGCGCAGAGAGCGCAACCCAUGGCGGACGAGCGAGUGCGGGGAGGGGGCGGGGGUGGGGAGGCCCCCAAAGGCGGUCGGCUGGACACAGGGGAGGGAGACACGGAGCCUAGCAUGCUGCUACAAAAACUGAAGAGCAACAUCUCUAAGAACGUGCAAGGAAAGGUUGACAGCAUUCUGGAGGAUGUUAAGCGCUUCUCGGACAACGACAAACUCUACCUGUACCUGCAGCUGCCAUCUGGACCCAUUGCUGGCGAGAAGAGUGAUACAAGCUCCCUGAACAUGGCUGACCAGCUCCAUACCUGCAACUGGAUCCGCAGUCACCUGGAGGAGCACGCCGACACCUGCCUGCCCAAGCAGGACGUCUACGAGACCUACAAGAGGUACUGUGACAACUUACAGCAGAGGCCCCUGAGUGCAGCGAACUUCGGCAAGAUCAUCCGGGACAUUUUCCCCAACAUCAAAGCCAGGAGACUGGGAGGGAGGGGCCAGUCAAAAUAUUGCUACAGUGGUAUCCGCAGGAAGACAAUCUUGAACAUGCCUCUCUUGCCUAGCCUGGAUCUGAAGAACGACCCAUCUGAGCUGACAGAGUUGGUGCAGACGUACAAGCAAGAGGUGACGGAGGCGGCCUGCCAGCUGAUCUGUGAUUGGGCGCAGAAGAUUCUGAAGCGCUCCUUCGACACGGUGGUGGAGAUUGCCAAGUUCCUGGUGCAGGAGCACAUUGUCAACCCACGCUGCAGCCAGGCUGAACUCGUCACCUCUGCAGACCUCGCUGGUGGGCCAGCAAAGCCUCAUAAAGUCAUCAAGAAGAACCCUGCCCCACCCAGAGCUGUGGAGGGAGAGGGCAGUGGAAGGGAUGGCAAGUUGAAAGACAAAGCGGAGGGAGAGCAGAAGGCUCCCCCAAUCGGCGGCAGUGGUGGUAGCGGCAGUGAAAAAACUGGCAAGGCGGGGGAGGCGGAGGGCCGCAACCAGCAGGUGCAGAACCUCAUCAAGAGCCUCCCCAAGCUGCUGCCACGCGGCUCCCUCCCCGUCCCUGUACCCGACAACAAGUCUCCGCUCUCCUUGCACCACCCGUCCUCCGCCACCUUGCUGGCGUCCAAGGACUCUGCCUCGGCAGCAGGGUCAUCUCCGCACCUGCUGCCCACCGUCACAGUGACGACUCUUCCACAGCAGAAGGGGGCGUCCUUCCCCCUCAUGAUCCUGCCCUCUACCAUGAGUCUGGCGUACGGUGGCGGCAGCGGAGAGCGUGACAAGCCCACCACCACCACGGCAGCUGUGACAAUGGCCACGUCCUCAGCCGCACCCACCCCGGUGGUCCAGAGGGCGCGUGGCAGCAGCCAAGCGGGCACCAAGCGCCCCGCUGCCUCCUCCUCCUCCGAUCACCCGCCGGGUGGUGUCGCCGGCACGGACGCGCCUCCCAAGCGCAAGAGGGGCCGACCCAGGAAGCCACGACCAGAAGAUGCUAUUGCCCAGCAACCUCCGCAGCAGCAGCCAAUCAUUUCCUCUCCUCCUCCUCUUGCACAGCUGUCUCACCCGCUUCCGACUCCGGGCAGCUUGCCGCUGGGUCAGGCCACGGGCGGGGUGAUUCACAAGGGACCGGCAUCCUCCUCCUCUUCGUCCACCUUCUCCGCCACGCCGUCCUCCUCCUCCUCCUCCUCUUCUCAUGUGGUGGAGAUUGUCAUCCAGGACCAUCAUCUGCAGCUAGCCUCCUCCUCCUCCUCCUCCUCCCUCCAUGACGCUGCUGUCACAGCUGCCGCAGUGGUGGGGGGCACUGCCCAAGACCAGCGGACGGGCGUGGUGGUGCAGUGCCAGCCAGCAGUAGUACCCGAGGCGCGCCCGCUUCUGGUGCGCCCAGUUUUGGUGAGCACCAGCACAGCUGCCUCCGUAUCCACCUCAGCCUCAGUAACUCCGGCUCGCUCCAUGGUGAUCCAGAGAGCACCGGGAGGUCACCUGCCCCCUGUCCAACCCCCGCCUCCUCCACCCCCUCCUCCUGCUCAUCAUCAUCUUCCUCUCUCUCCUGCUCUUCUUCCUUCGCCACCACCUGCCAAGAACCGCCCACCCAUCUCGGUCUCUGUCUCGGUCUCGGACCUCGUGCCUCCGUCCCUGCCUCCAGCAACCAUGAAAGAGGACGAAGAGCAAGUGGAGAUCACCCUCACGCCUGUGGAGACGUCAUCAUCAUGGCCGGUGGUCCCUGCAGAGUCCUCCUCUGCAUCUCCAGGUGCUGCUGGAAGCCAGUCGCAGGGGGACAGGUCCCAAAGUGACGACCCCUAGCCCAGGUCCAGCCCCGUGACCAGACAUAGACGUCCCGGGUUCAGAACGUCAUGCUACGACAUACUUGUUUGUUACAGCCCAAUUCAACGAAUCAGCUGGUCCUAAUUACCAUACCAAUUACUUUGAGCCAGGCCGAUGAGGUAACGUGUGGCUUCACCUGUGUUUGACCUCCCCUGUGACCAGAGGUGGAUGUCCCAGGUUCAGACAGUACUAAAUCCUCUUUUUUCCAGUGCAUUCCCUCCUCCCGGCAACAUGCGAUUUUGCAACACAGGUGAUUUUCACUAUUUUGGCAACACAGGUGAUUCAGCAACACAGGUGGUUUCACUAGCUAAUUAGCCAGUUUAUUCACUGAGGGGAUCAGCUGCUUCGGUGAAUUAUCUGUAAUGAAUAUGUGGCAAGACUUUUUAACAUUUUGAAGCUGGGAUGUUGGCUUCUGAGGGUCAGUGUACACAGUCAAUUCAGUGUACAGUCAAUUUUAAUACAGAAUUAAUUACACUUAAAGAGUCAGAUUGAACACUUCUGGUUUGGUAAAGUAGAUUUUGUUUGUGUUUAAUUAACUCAGCGGUUUUUGGGUGGUGGUGGUGGUGGUGUAGUUUGUUGGUGGUGUCCCCAAAUGCCAGACCACCAUACCGCCACCUUCACCCCUGAUAUCGCCUGUACUACCAGACUGUUACAUCCAUCGAAAGCUAUGCUGCACUGCUAACUAAGAGUGUGUUUUGUCGUAGGCAAGACAAGUGAUUAAUGAUCAGUGGUGUUGCGUAGCGUUCAAUCACGACUGACUGCAACACGCACCUGAGGAAGGGUUUUAAACCCUGAGGGAGCGUUCUGCUAAACGCAUUGCUAUACUGUGAUCUCCCCAUCACGUUCGUAUUCUAUUCUAUUCUAUUCUAUUCUAUUCUAUUCUAUUCUUAUUCUGUCCAAUUGACCGCCUUUGUACUUCCAUGCAUAGGAAUGGCGGAAGUCCCUAACUGGUGCCUUUGUAGUGAUAAAAAAAAUGAAAAGAAAUUGAAAGAAAUGGAACAAGGCAGCCAGCGGGAUCGAUGAAGCCAAAACGACUCAAUAAUAGAGACCACUCAUCAACUCCAUCUGUGCUUACACUCAGUAUCUACAGAGGAAGUUAUGCCUGUGUGUGUGUGUGUGUGUGUGUGUGUGUGUGUGUGUGUGUGUGUGUGUGUGUGUGUGUGUGUGUGUGUGUGUGUGUGUGUGUGUGUGUGUGUGUGUGUGCGUACGUGUGUGUGAAUGUACAUGAGUGUAAGAGUAGGAGUGUAGUGUAUCCGUGUAUGCAUUUGUGUGUGUGUGAGUGCAAGGUUAGCAAAGACGCGAUUGUGUCCGCAUGCGUAGCCACGUGGCCAAGAGUGUUAGCCGCUAGGAUGGGUGGUAUGGUGUGUGCUUGAGCGUCUAGUCUGAGGUGGUAUGAGGAGACAUAUACAAUAGGAGGAUGAUGAGGGAUGAUACAGUAUACGGGUCUGAACCUCUCAGGGCUCCAAGUGCUUCUCCUGUCCCUCCCUCCUCCUCACUUUAGACACUGUUAGCAUCUUGCUAGCAUCUUUCGCAUCUCGCUUUUUUUUACCCAAUGUUAAGUUGUAAGGGAUGCCACUCUUUGUGUUAUGGCCAUAAUUUUUCUUGAUGAUCAAAAUGUUAACGCUAAAGAACAACCAUUGCCGUAACAAAUACUAAGUCACUCCUCAAAGGGUUAUUGUCCCUCUCAAUCCUCUCUUUGGUUGCACUCUGGGAAGAUUGGGCAUCCAUAGAUGAUCACUAGAUGCCAUGUUGACCACUCCUUUUGUAUUGGAACCAAUGGGUGGGACACACUAAAAGGCUGAACACGGCAUCUAGAGUUCAUAUCUGUGUUGGAUAUCAAUCCGGACAUCAUCUAAUCACCAACUGAACCCCAACAUCAGCACUUAAACUGGGCAUGCUGUAGAUGUGUGAUUCCGUCCAGCCACUGUGUCGCAUUUGAGAGAUUAUACUUUAAGUUGCCUGUGAGGUUUCUAGCCCUAGUUUCUAGUUUAUUUAUGCGUAAUUUGAUUGACACACUGGAGGAAAAUGUUAUCAAAGCACAACGCCUCUGUGACCUUGAACAUACUAGAUGAAGACACGUUUUAGGGGGAAAAAGUCAUGCUCAGUGAAGUGGCAACCUUUAAGAGGACGUUUUGAUUUGAGGGAUAUCGGUGCUGAAGUGUUUUGUUGACACACCUUCUCUUGAAGACUACAUUGUAUAGUCAUUGUUCCAUUCGGAAAUAGUCACAUGCCAAAUAAAAACAAUUCUUUUCACAAGUUGGUUCUAAGCAGAACUAUUUAAAAAAUCUCUCUCAUGAGGAAGCUAAAGGUAGAGUGUGUAUUUUUUUAGUAGUUUAUUUCCUGAAUGUAUGCUGCCAAUUAACCACGUUUAGCUUUUUUAUCUUGAAUAUGUAUUAUCACUAUCAAUUUCAAUAGAAAUAUUUCAUUAUGACCUGGAAGUUAACACUUUUCAUGUGUCAGUAGGUGGAUCUCCACCAAGCAAAUGUACAGUUUUCAAUUACCAGUCUUAGGCUGCAAAAUCUGCUCUGUUCAGACCAGACCAGACCAAUAUUCAUGAAAAACAUCAACAUUUGUGAAUGGGCGGCACAAAUAAACUAACAACAUAACUACAACAUAACACACUGAGCCUUUAAAGAAUUGUAUACAGUAAUUGGUGCUGGAAGGCACACUCUCUUGACAUAGCUGACGUGAAAAGAAUGGCCCUGUGUGUCUUCUCCAGGGUUGUGGUUUAUUGAAAAUGUUUGACCUAGAUUUACUUGUGUCCAAUUAGACUGAAUAUUCGCUCUCUUAUCGGGCAACUUUGUACAUAAGGCUGGUGAUGUUAUCUCUGCCACAGGGAUACAAUCGCUAUGUAGAUAUACACUAAAAUAUACAAUCAGACAGGACUGUUAAGUCAUUUUAUUUGUCAUUUUUAAAUUAUUUUAUUUAUGAUGCAGUCUCCUUCUUGGCUGUUUUAUUAUUCAAACCACAGGAUACAUAAUUGUGUCAACCUGAGAGUGACAUGACAACCAAUUGUGGCAACCUGAUAGUGUCAUGACAACAUCAAUGAGUCAACCGAACUGUGUUAUUGGGUGUUUGGUCUUAGGUGGCCUGGUCGGCCUGCCAAUUGUCAAGUGUUGUACAAAUGUCAUCAUAUCAGGAGAGAAAGCCUGAUAGAAUGCAGUUGAUCUAGGUGAGAUCUUGGCCAUGUUAGUAUAAUGCCAACUAUAUUAAGAGACAAAGGCCUGAUAAGUUUGGAAGUGUUCAGUCGUUCACUAUAGAUUUGUGUAUGUUGUUGGGCCUUCUUUGGGUUAUUUGCCUCAUACUGCACUACUAGUGACUGAGUAAGAUAAGGAUAAUUGGCCAGGGGGCGGCCUAAGAGUAGUUCAGGUGGAGUUGUUGCCAAAUGCCAGUAGUUCCCAGGUGUGCAGCUAAGGGGUUGAGGGUGGCACACCAUCACAAUUAGCACCAAGCAGCUGACUUUUAACUUUGCAGAAUGGACUGUUUUUGAGUUUGUGUGUUCAUAUGUUGUGUAAUAUAUCAUUACAUGGCCAAAAAAAAGAUAACGGUGCAAGCUUGUAGACCUCAGGAAGGUGGGCGUAUUAAGGAGAUAGCAGGUGAUAAGAUGUUCAAUGUUAAAGUCUUCAAAGAAGGGAAGCGGAAGGACGUUGAUGUUUUGGGUUGUUGAACACAUUUAUGAGAAGGGCGAGGGGAAAGUUUGUAUGCAAAGUAAAAGGGAAAUGUGUUUGAGAGUCUCUCAAGUGAACGAAUAGUUUAAGUUAAUUAGACAUUUCUGUGGAAUAAACCUUAUGCAAAUUUGCACAAAAUAUGGUGAUAAAUACAAAUUUGUAUGUCAAAAUGUAGAAGUAUUAGAAAAAUAUGAAUAAUUUGAACAGAUUACUUAUCGAGAAACAAAUCAAAGUAAAUGCACUAAUAGUAAGCCUAAAUAGUGGAGUUUCUAUUUAUUGGGAAAUACAUGCAAUUAUCAUAGAGACAUACUCCAUAUGAAUUUUAAUAGAUGUAUUUAUCUGAAGCGGGGCUAUAAGCAAUGUGGGUUAGCAGGAGAGAGGCGAAGAGAUAUUUAUGAGCAAAGCUUUGAGUUGGGAGAGUUUUAGUGUGUAUUUGCGUGUGGGACGGAUGUGUGGAUGUACGAGAAUAUGGCUUUGUGAAAAAGUAACGGAAAUGACACUGUGGAAGCCUUUUUGGAGGCUUGCAUGAAUAUCAAAAAUGAAAAAGAAAAACAAACAAAAAAUAAACAAAAAACGGGUCGCAUUAUCAAAGAUUAUGAUCGUGAUCCGGGUAGCGGUAUUGUAGUCUGACUAACAUGCAGGCCAGACCGCGUUCCAGUCUGUUUUUAUGUGCGUUUAUGUGUUUGUGGUGCUAAACGAUGUGACUGAUGCUACUACUCUGAGCUGGGGGGUACUCCAAGAACAUGGUUCAAUAAUAAGCCAGGUUAAGUUAAUCUUGAUGUAGUGGCAAUUCAUUUACUAUAAGACCCUCAUGGAGUCCUCAUUUUCUUAACUGAAUGACACUUGUGGGCUAUCUAUUAGCAGGUUUACCACUUCCUGUAGGACAUUUAGGGGGGUCGUUGCUCAAGGGGGGGCUAUGGAGGCAAUAUAUCAGGACAUGAUUAUCACAUACUUUUGGUCAUAAUUUGUAGAUGACCAUGUCAACAUGGACUACAGUACAUUGUGACAAAAGACCUUUCAAAAAGGGCAUUUUGGGUCCAGUAGGGUAAAGGGGCAGGUGCUUCAGCACCACUUCGUCCCUAUCUGUGCACACCAAUGUUAGCCUGGAUUAUCACUUCCCAAGCUUCUUGGAAUACCCCCCUGGGAUCCAUUUGUAUUCCCAUGUGUUUUUUUAACGGAGAACACACCAGAAUAUUAUAUAUUAUAACUGCUCGCUAUUUUACGAGAUUCAAAAGUCUUGUCAUCUCGAUGCAUCUAGUGUCACAAUGAUCACACUCAUGUUGCCAAUUUUUUAAGAAAGAAAGAAAAAAAAAACAAUCGUUUUGAAGUGCUUUUUUUUUAGACAUAGGCUCUAUUGGGUUAAUACCGAACCACUGCAUGUUUUUAAUGAGUGGCGUAUUGAUUUAGAUUGUUGCUUUUUGUCUUUUUUCUUUUCUUUCUUUUCUUUUUUUUAUGGAGUGGAGUUUGAGUAGGCCAUAGUGGGCCUAUACAGUAGAUGACCAGUUGUGGACAUAACAGAUGUCAUGCCAAAUUGAAUCUCCUGAGGGCCAGUCUUUCUUUUUAACACCUAUCCUUUUAUUAAUAGUCUUUUAAUUAAUCAAUUAAAAUCACACUUUACCCCCACCAAAAUCAGCAUUGUUACAGCUCAGCAGCCAGCAGAACUGUUUUGUGGACUUGCUGAAUUAUUUACUAUCUUAAUAAUUGCGUUCUGAAAGAAGUUUAUAUAGUAGGCCCUAUAUCAGAAAAAUUAGAGGGGGGAUUUGUUGAGAUGUUGCUGAUACUGCCUACCUCCCAAAUAUUCAUUGGCAAUGAUGCAUAGUGACUGACUUGGCUCUGGGCUUCAAACAGUGCAUGGGAACAUUGUGUUACAUCUACCACUGGUCUUUCUACUUAGGCUAUUUAUUAUUAAUUAACUGUGUGUUCUGUUUCUUCAGUCUUUUUCUUCUUCUUUUUAUAAGCCCGUCAUUUAUGUCUCAUGCACUUUAUGUUUCUAACAAUGUGCACAUGAAACAUAAGAAAAAAAAACAUUUGGAUUUGUUUUUAUGAAUAAAGCACCUUAUGUUUCGUCAUGUUGUAGCCUAUGUGCAGCUGUGUAAAAAUGUUACCGGUUUGAUUUUGUACUUCUUCAUUGUACCAGAGUUAUGUGAUACUGGACAUCUAUGCUUCCUUUCAAAAGAAGAAAUAAAAUAAUAAAAAAGGAAAUUACAAAACAUUGCCCAAUUAGUGUGAAUAGCCUAUAUUUUUUCCUACAUUGCAUUAAAUGUUGUGAAAGACCA